ACUCUUCAGAAUAUCUGCAUUACCAGGUUUUUGAUGAAUUCUAUAUAUACAUCAAGUCAAAACUAACUCUUCCUUCUAUUGUGGCUGCCUGGAUCACAGCGAAGCCACUCUGUUUCAGUGUCUCUCAAGAGGGAAAACGCAGGGAAGAGUAACAAGUUCCACAGGGCAAUUGUUGGUGGAGGCGGCACAUGGAAAAGAUCCGACAUUAGUAAACCAAUUUACGACAAGAAAAGACAGUGAUUGGGUUCAAGAUCAGGUUCCGUUUUGAUGAAAAAAACCAAGCCCCAACCUGGUAUAUGAAAGAAUAUCGCCUUAGUGAUAAAAUACUAGAGGACUUGAGACUACAUGGUAAAAUUCGAUAUGACGAUUUUGCUGUAUGUAGCACUAGGAGGAAAGUCAAUUCAGAGAAUUUUCUUGGCAGUUGUUCAUCACAAUGUCAAGAAACUUUGAAAUCCAGUGCAAUUCCAUCUGAUGAGUUAAACAGUAUUUUGAACGGGAACAUGAAAUCAAAUGUGACCCAAUUGCCUGCUGCAAUACAAGAAGAAUGUUCUGUUCCUGUGCUUCUUCAAGAAACUCUCUCUGUUAGUUUACUCGCAAAAGAAUCAAAUGUGCCUGCUGCAAAAGAAGUGGAAGAAUGCUCUGUUCCUGUGGAAACUCGUCCGGAUUAUGACAUUGCUACUUACCACAAAGAACUUGAUGCGUAUGCUGCCUCUAUACUCGAAACAAUUACGUUCCAGAACCCCAAGAAGAUGAUGAUGAAAUCCCACUUUUCAGCGAAGAUUUUUAUAUUGGUCAUACAAAUCUGUGGAGUUAAGUAAUCUGUGAUGGUUGAUACAACUCAUUCUUAUGUUUUUAAUUGUUUUUAUCUGUCAAUGCAUUUCUGUAACAACUCAAGUUACCACACAACGAGGAUAUCUAUUAUAAUCGUUGACAAUACAAAAUAC